AUGGAGUAUCUUCAAAGAAAGCUUCAUCAAAUGCAGCUCAACUCAGGAUUCAAGCAUCACUCAAAGUGUUUAAAAGUCCAAUUGACCAACCUUAUGUUUGCUGAUGAUGUUCUAUUUUUUUCUAGGGGUGAUGUGAACUCUGUUGACUUGCUGCUCAAGGAAUUUCAUAGCUUCCUGAAUUCAACUGGUAUGAAGGUAAACAAGGCUAAAAGUAAGAUCUACUUUGGCUCUGCUUCCACUGAUGUGAAAUCUGAGAUUUUGAAACUCUCCAUGUUCAAAGAAGGCUCCCUCCCCUUUAGAUACCUAGGGGUGCCUCUUACCAGUAAAAAGCUGUCAGUCAGUCAUUACAUGGUUCUUAUUGAUAAGAUUGUUUCUAGAAUCAGUCACUGGUCCUCUAAACUCCUAAGCUAUGCAGAUAGGCUCAUGUUUAUCAAAAGCAUUUCUUUUGCAAUGGCUAACUAUUGGAUGCUUUGUUUCCCCCUUCCCAAAUCUGUUAUUAGGAAGAUUGAUUCUAUAUGCAUAUCUUUUCUUUGGACUGGCAAAGAUGUAGUGUCCCGCAAAAGCCCAGUUGCUUGGGCUAAGGUUUGCAAACCACUAAAGCAUGGUGGUCUUGGCAUAAUCAACUUGCUCAUUUGGAAUGAAUGCACUAUGCUGAAGCUAUUGUGGAAUAUUUGCAACAAAUCUGAUAGUUUUUGGGUUAAGUGGAUAAAUUCCUAUUAUCUUAAGAGGCAUACGAUUAUGGAGCUGCAGAGUAAGCCGACUCAUUCUUGGAUAAUGCGUGCCAUUUUGAAUCAAAGAGACUGUCUUCAAGAACACCAAACCAUCUGGGAAGACAUGAACAUGAGGCAGAAAUUUAAGUGUAGUGAUUUCUAUAAAGCCUUUCAGGAUUCUCCUCCGGUUUCAUGGAGUCAGCUCCUUAUGUUUAAUCCUGCUACUCCCCGGGCUGUUUUUAUCUUUUGGCUAGUGUGUCACGGGAAAAUUCCUACUAAGAGCAGACUGUGUAGAUUUGGGCUGCUUAGUGACAACAAAUGUGGCUUUUGUGAUAAUGAGGAGACUGUGAGUCAUCUUUUUUUCGAGUGUGAUGAAAUGAGGAGCAUUUGGAGUUCAGUUCAACAUUGGUUGAAUAUUCAUCAUUCUCCUAAAAGAUGGGAAGAAGAGAUUGUGUGGAUUCAAAGGCAAGGAAAAGGUAAAGGAUGGAGGGCCAAGCUCUUUAGACUUGCCAUUACAGAAACAAUUUAUGGGGCCUGGUUAUACAGAAAUGGCACUUGUUUUGGCAAGGCCAUGCACAGAGAUAAAGUCUUGGAGCAUAUUCUGGAAAAAAUAGUUUAUAGAAGUUGGGGGUAUAAAGAUUUAAAAAGCCACAUUGUGAAUUAUAUGGCUUUUUAA